AUGGCUUCUUUGUGGUGCAAAUCAUCUCCAUAUUUCAUUAGAGCUCGUGGAUACAUAGUCCUUGUUUUGAUUGUGGUGAGUCUAGCAACCGCCAUCGGAUUUUCUUUAUGGUUCGUUGGCAACUAUGUGGAUUCAAAGUCUGGUCCGGGGACAGACCCCCUUGUGCUUCGUUUGGAUGCAUUUUCUCUAUCGAAUUUUGAAGUUUCUAAUUCGUCACUUUCAGCUGAGUGGGAAGCCAAGUUGACAUUUGGGAACCAAAAUGGCGGCUUAAUUGUUACCCUCAGCCCUUUUGCGGGUUAUGUGUAUUACAAAGAAAAUGAGGCUCUAUCAUGUGCUUCAGUGGAUGCAACGCUGCGCAUACCUCCUAGGAAGCAGAAAACUGUGCAGAUCAAAUUUGAUUCAACCGGUUGUGAGGGGGAACAGCCGUAUGUGGAAGAUCGAGUGAUGAAGCAGUUGUGUGAAGAUAAAAAGAAGGGUUACCUUAGUUUUAGUUUGAAAAUGCAUAUAGAUGCUUCCUAUAGUAUGAAGGAGCUACUGGGAAUGGGAACCCAAGUGGCUUUAAAUCCCAACUGUUCAGGUUUGAAGGUUGAGUUUUGGGGUUCAAAAGGUACCAAGGGAAAGAUAAUUGAGGGGCGUAAGUGCUCCAUUCCGUUGCCUAAAUGA